GGAGGAGGAGCUGGGUGGCCACAGGUGCAGCAGGACUAGGAAGCAGGAAGCCGAGGCGCCGGGUCUCCAGCACUUGGGUCUUUCUCCCGGCAGGCCUCCAGGGACUUGCAGGGAUGGCCCCAUCCAGCAGGGAUGUGGGGAGCGAGCUGGAGGAGACUGUGCAGCAACUGUUGGGUCGCCUGAAGAGCCACCAUCUGUUUCAGUCUGAGUGGGACAUUGCGGCCUGUGUGGUCUUCCUCACCUUCACUGGAACAGUACUGGUGCUGAUGCUCCUUGUCCUCCUGCACUGCUGCUGCUGUGGCUGCUGCAAUUCCCCCAGCCCCCCAAAGAGGAGACCCAAGGGAGUGGACAACCUAGCCCUGGAACCGUAGUCCAGCGCCUCUCACCUGAUGGACUGACAAUCAGGGCGGCGUCCCAUAGCCCACACCAUGAAGCAACAAACAUUAAAGAAAUCAGACUCCAUCUCUCCAGAGCUUCUCUCAAGCAACCUCAGUAUCUCCCCAUCUUCCUUCCCCACCCCCAUAAAGCACACAAAUGAGGUUUGUUUUUUCCUGGCUCUCCUGGAUGGAGAAGGCUCCGCCUCCGUGGAACAAUACUGACAGCAAGUUAGGCCACGGGGAAAAGAUGAGCACAAACCAAACAAAAAACAACUCUCUCCCAGGGGGGCUUCCACACAUUCCCAACAGACUUC